UAAAGUAAGCAGGUACGAUGAUUUUGACGAGGGUCUGAACGGUUCACGUUUUAGUAAAGCUUAGUUUUUAACUGAAACCAGACCAGGAUAACAAGGUCGAACAUAAACGUGUGAAGAUUCGCAAUAGCAAAUCGUGUUCUAAGUUGGACGUUUUUCGAGUAUAACUAUAGAUUGUUCUCGUGCAUGUGUAGUUUUCCUUUUUCAAUUUAAUUAUGCGUUUUUUCGUCAAUUACAAAUUUUUCGGUUAAAGGUACAAUUUGAAAAAUUUAGAAUGUCGCUAAUGUACGUAUGAAAUGAUAUCGAAACGAAUUUCAGUUCGUCUGUUGUAAACGAGAAGACACACGUGUUCGCGAGACUCGCUCAUCGUACUGUAUUUCGUAUUCUCUCGCGCAUAAAAAACUGAAUUAGUAAUCUCACGAUCAAUUAAAAAUUAUGUCACCGAAGAAGUGUCCUCGUAAUUGUAACGAUGCUUAUUGUUUGUUCGAUAAGUGCUCCCCGGAAGCCAUAGAAUUGAUAAGGAAGUCAAUUCACUCGCCGCAGCCAGACCAUCCUCAUUUAGAUGAAAUUAAUCCGCAUAUAUUCGUCAUUUUAGGAGCUUCGGGUGAUUUAGCCAAGAAAAAAAUAUACCCUACGUUAUGGUGGUUGUUCAAAGAUAACUUGUUACCAGUCAAUACGCAUUUUUACGGAUACGCCAGGAGUAAAUUAAGCAUUCCUCAAAUCAGAAAGCAAUGCGAUCCUUACAUGAAUGUAAAACCCGAAGAAAUGGACGACUACACCGAAUUUUGGAACCUGAACAAAUACGUAGCCGGCUCAUACGAAAACCCCAGAGACUUCGAAGCGCUAAACGACGAAUUAUGCAAACAAGAGAUCAAAGGAAGAGGAAACCGAAUAUUCUAUCUCGCAUUACCACCUUCAGUAUUCGAACCAGUUACCAAAAACAUAAGCACUAAUCUAACUGCUAAAAACGGAUGGACUCGAGUAAUUAUCGAAAAACCAUUCGGCAAAGACGCCGAAAGUUCGGCCUUGUUAUCCAAACACUUGGAGAGCCUGUUCACCGAAGAGCAAAUUUACAGAAUCGAUCACUACUUAGGCAAAGAAAUGGUUCAGAAUUUAAUGGUAUUAAGAUUCGGAAAUCGUUUCUUCAGUCCGUCUUGGAGUCGAGAAUGCAUCGCUAGCGUACAAAUAACAUUUAAGGAAUCUUUCGGCACCCAAGGACGUGGAGGGUAUUUCGACGAGUUCGGUAUCAUUCGAGAUGUAAUGCAGAACCACUUGCUACAGAUUUUGAGCUUGGUAGCCAUGGAGAAACCAGCCAGCACGCAUCCGGAUGAUAUUAGAAAUGAAAAGGUAAAAGUACUCAAAUGUAUUCCACCCAUCCAACUGGAAGAUGUCGUAUUAGGCCAAUACGUCGGCAACCCGCAAGGCGACGGUGACGCGAAAUUAGGCUAUUUAGACGACGAAUCAGUUCCCAAAGGCUCGAAAACCGCAACCUACGCAUUGGCCGUCCUCAAUAUAAACAACGAACGAUGGGACGGAGUUCCAUUUAUAUUGAAAUGUGGCAAAGCCUUAAACGAACGUAAAGCCGAAGUUAGGAUACAGUAUAACGAUGUACCCGGAGACAUAUUCGAAGGUAAAACUAAACGAAAUGAGCUCGUCAUCAGGGUCCAGCCAGGAGAAGCGGUGUACUUAAAAAUGAUGAACAAAACGCCCGGUAUGAGCUUCGAAAUGGAGGAAAGCGAGUUAGAUUUAACUUACGGUAGCAGGUAUAAGAAUGUCAAAUUACCCGACGCUUACGAAAGAUUAAUUUUGGAUGUAUUCUGCGGAUCGCAGAUGCAUUUCGUUAGAUCUGACGAAUUAUCCGAAGCUUGGAGGAUUUUUACUCCUUUUUUGAAAGAAAUCGAAGAUAAACAAAUCCCUCCGCUGCUUUACACCUACGGCUCCAGAGGACCACUCGAAGCGACCGAAUUGCUCAGAAAAUACAACUUUAAAUAUUACGGCUCGUACAAAUGGACGCCCCCGACCACUAAAUGAAAAGUUACCUUGACACGAACAGUGUGAACACAUCGUCCGGAAUCGAUUACCUUUUAUAAAUCAAAUACGUAUACUUAUAGGUCAUGUAUACGCUUGACUUCAAUAUAGAGGUACUCUCUCCGUCUCUCGUACAUAAUACUCUCGUAUGUAACAUCCCCACAAGCGCACUGUAUACUUACUGUACAUAUAAAUUAUCGAAUUUGAAUCUUAUACUUAUACGUAAUUUUUUUUUUUUUUUUUUUUACAAAUUUUGCAUUUUUGUCUCUCUUCAUUUUUUCUAUUAUAAAAACUUGAAAUUUGUUUGUGAUGUGAUCGAUCUUAAUACAUAUGUGUAACUAAAAACUCGUCUCGUCGUAUAAAAUACGUAAUUUAUAAAACAGCAAUAAUUACACGAAACGCUUACCCGAGGACCAAUCGUACGUAAUUGUAAAUCUGAAACAUAAACAAACGUUUUUAUAUUAGUUUUCUAAAAAUAAGCAUCGAAUUGCGUGACUGACUAAAUAUGCAGUUGUCCUUUUUAAUGUGUUACUAUUUAAACGAUAUUUAUACCUAUAGCUGUGUAAAUUGUUAAAUUGUUUACCACUUGUUUUUGAAAAUUAUUUAUCAUUUGGAAUUUUUUUUCUCUCUCUCUAUUUCUCUUACGUUGUACAUUCCAUUUUCUCUGUAUUUAACGUACAUGCAUAAUUUUAAAUUGAAUUUUUAAUUAUCUAUCUAAUUUCGAUAACGACUUUUUACCAAUUUUAAUGAUGCAAUAUGUACUGGUAAUGUUGUUAAACAUAUAAGUUAUGUGUAUAAAUAUUUUAUAGAAAUAUAGAUCAAGCGAUUUGAA